AUGCAGCUGCCGCCAGUGGACUCGUUCAGGAUUCUCGAAACCACGCUGUACACGCGCGAGAAAGGGUUCUGGCUCUUGGACAAGCACGUUGCGCGGCUGAAGCGCUCGGCCGAUCUCCUGCGUCUGCAUUACCCGGCAGAGUGCUUCCCUACAGAGCAGGUCACAGCCGAUGCGGUUGUGCAAGCAGCCACAGCGGUAAUGGCCGCCGGUGACGACGAGCGGUAUCGUGUAUGUACAGCAACCUGCUUUACGCCUGAGUCCGAGCCCCAGCAGCCAGACAGUGCUCAGACACCGCCGGUGCUUGUUCUCGACUCUGAGCCUACUCUGGAUACAGACUCUGUGUUUGUGAAGUGCAAGACCACGCAUCGCCAGAUCUACGAGCGUGCUCAAGACCGAAUUCCCAAGUCGUAUCCGGCCGGCACCCAGGUGCUGCUGUUCAACCAAGACGGCCUAGUCACCGAGGGCAACAUUGCCAAUGUUGCGGUUGGUGUGCCGGUAAACGGUGAGCUCAGGCUGGUCACACCGUGUGUUGAUGCUGGUCUGCUGGCUGGGACUGCACGGUCGCAGUUCAUCUGA